UGGACAUGCUGUCACCUGACCUGUUUCCCUUACAUCGCUGGUAUGGACUACAGGUAGACAGCUGCGUCAGUCAUUGGAGGAAUUUCAGUUCUACUCCAAUCCCAAAGAAUGUGAGACGGGAACAGAUGACGUUAAAACCUAGUGAAGGCAUUUGUUUAUUUAUCAGGGAUAUAGUCUCGAUGACAUUGUAUUAAAUAUGGAUUUAUCUGUUAAACCUGAUGGCUCUACACUGCAUACUCAGGGAUAUUCGCAAGGAAGAAGGAAGAUGUCAUUGAACUACACAACUCAGGGUGAGGGGGGAGCCAGAUCGGGUGGUAGCCCCCCCUUUAAUAGUUCAAACGACACCUUCCCUUACGGGCUUAGUGGCGUUAGUAUGCCAAACUACGGGUAUCCAGGUGACCUCUAUCAAUUUACAUCAAAUGGCUACCCUCGCAAGUCUAGAACAUGUUGUUAUUGCGGGAAAGUGUUCACUCGUUCAACAACACGACGCUACCAUGAAAAACGUUGUCCGUUGUUACGUGCAGCUGUCUGUGGAAUAAUGCCGGACAACGGGAAAAGACCAGGUGGUCCGGGGACGGGUGUUGCCUCCGGUCACAGCGGACAUGGAGUAGAUAAGCCAUCGGCUACCUCAAUGACGGGUGUCAGUCACCCGUCUGCCCCCCAAAUACCUACCUCACAUCUGACUUCACAUCCUUCCAUGGUGUUGAAGCGGGAACAAAAUGGACUCGGAUAUCAUACUAGUGUUAUAGUCAAACAAGAGAACCAGGAUGUCAACGGUGCAACAAGGCACACUCAUACGUCAGGGCAUCGUUUGGGCGCGGAUGGCCCGCAUGAUCUGGAUACAAACAUGACACGACUUACGCCGGAUUCCAGCGGGUCAUCCCCUUGCCCUCCAAAGCUUGGGGAUAUAUCGGGAUUCUCAUUGUCACCCUAUCAUGGUCACGGUGGGUUAGCAUUUUCCAAAUCACCUUCGCAGGGAUCAACCAAAGGUGAUAUGAAUUCACUGGUGCAUGAUGAAGGUGAAAAAGAUGAAGAUGUGAAAGAUGACAUGGAAAAUGGAUCCGAUUUGGACAUUCCUGAUUCAGAGACAUUUCAGGAACGCAUGAAAGACGACGAAGCACGAGCUAAUGAUUUAAACUUUACCUCACCAGGGCAAGGUGACGCCUUGCUUUUAGAUGGAACUACCUCAAAUAACUUGGGCGAUCUGACUGGAACGCUCAGUGAUGACGACAAGAACUCAAAUGACAAAUCAAAGUGUUACUUCGAAGGAGAAACCAUAUGCGGGGUAUGCGGCAAAAGCUUUGAGUCAUCCUGGCAGCUGCAUGUUCAUGAACAGAUACACAAAAAAUUCAAACCAUACGCAUGUCGUUUCUGUAACCAGCGGUUCUCAAAGGCAGCACUGCGCAUAGCGCAUGAACGUGAACAUAUCACCGACGACUAUAACUGCGUCAUCUGUGGUAGUACGUUCAGGGAGAAAGAGGGCUUACGACUACACAUGGUGAAUCGUCAUAGAGAUGGGCCGUGGCUAUGUCGCUAUUGUGGCAAGCCUGAAGUGGCUCAUCAGGAGAUGGCAGAUCACCUCCAAUCACAUGACCUGCCUAAAGAAGAGCUGCUAUCACUUCAGUUCUUCUUAUCUUCACCCCUUGACAACGCAAAUAACAACGACAGCGACAACAAUCUCAAUGAUUCGGAGUUAAACGAAGUUGAUAACAUCAACGAUUCGGAGCUGGUAUCAAUGUCCGAUUCAAAUGAUAACAUGACAUCACCAGACCAACAGGAGUCACCAGGGGAGAAUCUCGCUACAGUAGAUCAGGAAAUGAUGUCAUCAGCAGAACUGAUGUCGACAGGAGAUUUGAUGUCAUCACAGGAUAUGAUGUCACAAGAGAAGGAAAUGUGUACUAUCUGCGGGAGGGACUAUCCCAAGAGUCACAUGGCUUAUCACAUGAAGGCACACGAGGGACACAAGCCGUAUGAAUGUCCUAUAUGUGGUAAGAGAUUCGGGUACAAAAACAACAUGAAGUCACAUAUCAAGUUACAUGCGGGUAUCAAACCAUAUCAGUGCAAUGUAUGUGGUGCCAAGUUCACUCGAGGCUCCACACUACGGCGCCAUGCACGACGCCAUGGAAUUUCAGCGGAGAGCGUGUGGGAUUUAUUUGUGAGGAACAGCAGUUCAUCCCAGACCCCAGGCCAGAUGCACACCCCACGCAAGACAGUGGCUGAAGGUAGUCACCUGGCCUCCUCCCCCACAACACUCACCACCUCAAAGGACUUGCUCACAGCUAAUGGAUCCUACAGCAAUCUCUUCAACACUACUACCUCAGCUGCCAUGUCCAAUGCCCUGCUCAUGAGCUACCACAAUCAUCAGGCUGCUGUGGCAGCCUCUCUGCCCUCCUUCUUCUCCCCCCUCCAGUCUACCUCAGAAGUGCCCCCGCCGGCUUUACCAGGCUUUACGACUAGUCAGUCACCACAGUCCGAUGCACUCAACCUCUCUACCCAUAAAUCCACCAGCAAUGGACCUCCUAUAGAUCAUCGUAAUCUUGUAGAACCUAUCUCCCCUACCUCAGUGGAACGGUCUAGGUCCAGAUCACUCAGCGGUUCCGACAUCUCCAGGCCCACACCUAUAUCUGCUCCAGGUCUGGCAGUUGCAAAUGGGACUGAAAUAGGAAUUCAGGUGAAGAUGUGUUGUAAGAUGGGUCUAGAACCAGCCUAUAGCAGUGCACAAAGCCCCAGCGAGGCAAGCAUUCAUUCUGGCGACAGCGGAGCGUUGUAUCAGGCCCAGUCUUCAUCAGCAAGUCUCGACAGCUCCACCGACUCUAUAGCAACACUGAUGGGGUCCGGUCGCCUAUUUAAGUGCGACCAUUGUGAAUGCUACUUCUCAGAAUAUGCCAUGUACCGUAUCCACACAAAAAUUCACUCCGGUGGGCGGACGAUGCCGUUCGUCUGUCCUGUGUGCGACGAGGACUGUCAUGACCGUGUCUACUUCUCGCUGCACAUCUCGGAGCAUUUACGGUGACUAAGGUACAAUAUAGAAACGAACUGGUGAUGCGGAGAACCGAGUCAUCAUGUCAAAAGGGUUUAUCCUUUUGCUUUAUUCAAUGCAUGCUAACUACAGCAUCGAGGACGGGUAGAAAUGUGGAAAAUGAGUAAUUUUUCAUUGUUGAUAUUACAUAUAAAUGUUUUAAUACAUUUAGGAUAUGAAUCGAAAUGUUUGUUUAUAAGAAAAAUUAUGUGUAUGUAUAUAUAGUAUAAAUAUAUAUAUAUGCCUAUAAAUAUAUCUAUAUAUGUCUAUGUUCAUGUUUCUGUUCAGUCUCAUAGAUAUUUGCUUUAUAUAUAUAUAUAUAUUCAGGGUAAUCGACAUUACCCAGCAUUCAUUUUUUCCGGUUUUUGAACCAGCGUUACCUCAUCCUUCUGUUGUGCUUUGACGUUUUUUGAAAAAGUGUUGUCACUGUUUUUAUAAUUUUGUUCCAGAUUUUGUUUCCAUGGUUACGCACGUUAUUUCUUUUGGGCUUUUUCCCGAGAAGUUGCACCAUGAGUUUGAAAUCUGUCAUUACCUCAUGUGAUUAUUGUCUUCUCUGUAGGUUGAGUUAAAUAUUCAGAACUUCUACAAAAAGAUUUUAUGUUUUUUGCAAUUAUAUUUACUUUGUUAUUUACCUCUAACUCUGACAACACUUUUUCUAUAUAGCGAGCACACAUUUGUGUCAAAGAGUCCGUUGGGAAACGUAGCUGGCAUCAUCGUAUGACUAAUUUAACACACGUAGCCUCUCUUUGGGAGAUAAUGUCAUAGCAAUCCUAACAUCAGACUUCAUGUAUCAUAUGUAUUUUAUCAACACGACGCAAGAAAAACUAUAUUUAGAUUCUCAUCAUUAUCCUAAAGAGACAGAUAAAAUUUUAAAUCUAUUUUAAAUCUAUUUGUAGUUUGGUAAUCUUCUCGGAAGAAUUCUUGACUUUCCUAUUUCUCUUCAAUUGAAAACACUGCGUAAUUUUCAGUCAAAAUUUUUGCUAAUUUUCAUUUGGAAACUUUUCUUCAUAUUUUAAUUAUCUAGGUUAUAAUUAGUGAUACAUACACUAAAAAAAUAGAUUAAAAAGGGAAUUUAGGACUCCUACGGAAGGACAGAUAUUAUCUAGAGCUUGCAAUAUAUAUUUUCGCGAGUCAACUGUAAUAUUUUAGCUCACUAGUUAGAAAAGUACCAAUCAUUUUCUUUGGUUCUGAUAAGGAUGGGAAUCUAAAAAUUCAGUUUUUUGACACAAAAGCUCCAUUUUUGCAUUUUGAUUGUGCAAUUUUGUUUUUUGUUUGAUGAUUAUGUCGGCAGCAUAAGCUUUAGAGACUAUCUUUUAAGCUCUUGUUUAUUAUUUACAAAUAAAAAGUUGUUUAUCUUGCACAUUUCAUGAUUGUCAAUAAACUCAGGGAUUCAAGUCCAUUUGCAAGCAUUUUGAUAUUCAAACCGUUUCCAAACAAUUUAUUUAUAGGAAAUUGUCAUUACUACUUCAUACUUAAUACUAUUAUUAUUAUCAAUUAUUAUUAUUAAUUAUUAUUAUAGAUAUUUAAAUACAUCUGUUAAACCUACAUCUAUUGUACAUAUUUCAAAUUGUUCAUUAGACUUAACCUACGUACUCCCUCCCUAAACAACACAUGAAUACUUCACCCCUUCCUGAACAACACAUGACUACUUCACCCCUCCCUAAACAACACAUGAAUACUUCACCCCUUCCUGAACAACAUAUGACUACUUCACCCCUUCCUGAACAACACAUGACUACUUCACCCCUCCCUAAACAACAUAUGACUACUUCACCCCUCCCUAAACAACACAUGAAUACUUCACCCCUCCCCUAAACAACACAUGAAUACUUCACCCCUCCCUAAACAACACAUGACUAUUUCACCCCUCCCUAAACAUCAUAUGACUACUUCACCCCUCCCUAAACAACACAUGACUAUUUCACCCCUCCCUAAACAACA